AUGGAACUUGACCUCUUGAACGUCACAGCGAGUGACCUACAGCGCCUCCUUAGCGACGGUAAGAUCACCAGCCUCGAUCUCGUCCGCCAAUACCACAACCAAAUCCUCAAACACAACGAUAGGCUCAAAGCUAUGAUAUCCAUCUCGCCGCUUCCUCAUCUAGAGAAGAUUGCGGCUAAGCUGGAUGAGGAAAGACGGAGAGGGGUUGUGAGGGGUGGGAUGUGUGGGGUUCCGUUUAUUGUCAAAGAUGCCAUGGAUACGUCGAGCGAAUUCCAGCUCGAAUCAACGAAUGGCUGGUCUGCACGUGGCGGUCAGACGCAAUCCGCAUAUGUGCGCGGCGGUGUAGUCGACGAUGGUAUCUACGGCCAUUCAAACCCAUCCGGCUCAUCAACAGGCUCAGCCGUAGCCGUCAGCGCAGGCUUCGCCCCUCUCUCCAUCGGCGCCGACUUCAACGGUUCUCUCACAAAUCCAGCUACUCGUUCUGCGCUGUACACUAUCCGCCCUACGCCUGGUAUAGUAUCGGAACACGGAUGCUUCCCGUUUUCGAAGAACAGGGAUAGUGUUGGGCCUAUGGCGAAGAGUGUUGGGGAUCUUGUUGGGCUGCUUGAUGUUAUUGUGGAUGUUGGGCACCCGGGGGUGCCUGAGAGGGGCUUACUCGAGGAAAAGAUACGGGAGACAAAUGCGGCCUACAGAGAGAUCGCAAGUCUCGCUAAGCGCGUCGUCGGACCAGUCGACCUGAUUACCGAUGAGGCAUUGGAUGAGAGCAUGAACGAAGUCCUGACCACAAUCAAAAACGAUUUCUCAAGCCUCUUCGAAGCAUACGCAAACGGCCUGGAGUCACCUAAAGUCAAAACCCUGAAGGAAUUAAUCGAGUUCAACGAACAACAUCGUGAGAUCGAGUUACCAGAGUGGUAUCCUUCGGUGACUCUGCCACUUGGGUAUCUGGAUUGGAAUGGUAGGCCGUUUGGGUUGCUGGUUGUUGGGGGGAGAUAUACGGAGGGGUUGCUGCUGGAUGUUGCGGGGUUGUAG